AUGGGACAAGACUGGAAUAUAGACGUUUCCGAAAUCACCCAUUUCAACGAAAUGCUCGGUGGACGAGUGAAAACGUUGCAUCCAGCCGUUCAUGGAGGAAUUCUGGCCAGGGAUACAGCAGAGGAUCGUCACGAAAUGGAGGUAAGCACUUAA